AUGGGAUUUUUGAGUGGUGUGCUUGGUGCGGUGAAAAACGAAAAUGAGGUGAUAACUUAUGAUAAAUACAUCAGUGAAGGCAAUAAAAGGCUUAAAAGUGUACUUGACACCUUAAAUAAAAAAAUUGGCACCGGGCGUGAAGGGCUUGCGGAGUCUGUCGGCGCGGUGAAGGGGUGGUUGGAGGGGUAUGAUGCUAUUUUAACUGAAAAAACGAAAAAUGUUACUAAGCACUUAGAAACACUUAGCAGAAACAUUGAAACUAAUAUUAAUGAUGUUAAUAGCUUUAUUUCAUAUAAUGUAUUCCAACAACAUGAUGCGUGCAGAUUGAUGGCAACGAAAAUGACCGCCAAUGUCAAUGAGAGUAAAGAGGCGUUAAAACAGUUAGACAAAAACGCACAGAACAUAUUAACUCCGGCGAUAAAUUCCAUUCAUCAAGCUGUUGAUGCUUUUACUAAAUCAGCCGAAAAUAAUGAUGUACAGAAGUUGAGCACGACGGCGCGGGAGGAACUGAACAAGUUAGAAAAGGAAGUUAAUGAUUUCGUUAAUUUCCGAGUUACUAAAAUGGGAAAUGACAUUGAAGAACAGUUUAACAAACAGAUAGAGAAGCCUAUAAUAGCUGUGGACACUCUGUUAAAAGAGGCGAAAAACGAUCUGGGGACAUGGAUUGAGAAAGCUGCAGAGAUCGUGCAGCAGGUGAAGGAAAAAACGCAAGAUAUCCAUAGAAGGUUGGUGGCGCAGACUAAAGAAAUGUCGAAAUAUGCUAAGCAUGUGCAGGCAAAUGCGGAGAAAAAAAUAGCAGAUGUUUUCACCACAACCAGGAGUCUUUUGAAAACUUUGACAGAAAAAAGCGUACAUCUGGACGCUGCUUGUAGAAAGGCUGAGUGGCAGUUGCAGGCGUUAAAGGGGUCGGGCGAGACAUGUUUAAAUGCUGCCGAAGCAAACGCAAAUAACGUUGAUAAUAUCGAUGUACUCAUUCAAAAUGAAUUGACUACUAAAAUCAAACAAAUUAAGCAUGCACUUAAGCAGCUUGACGUAAUUGGUCUGCGAGAGCGAAUUCAAGGAUUAUUUUACAAUUUAUCGGGUUUAAUUGAAAAACUUUCGGAUACUAUUCUUGGCAAAAGGCAGCGUGUGAAUGGUUUUAUAACGCAGCUUAAAGCAGAAUUAGUUGAAAAUAUUAAUUCAGCUCUAAGAAGCUUGAAUGGUCCUCAGUCACCCAUAUCGGUGAAGCAGAGACAAACAAUUGGAGAUAUCGAUUUCCAAGAGGUGUUCAAAAAAUCAUUCGAACUCGUAAACAAGUUUGAAAAAGCAAUUCAGCCACCUAAACCUGCAAAAUCAGCUCCAGCUCCUAAAAGUGAAAUCAAGGAGAGAAGUUUAGCGGAAAGCAUCGAUGAGGCGAUGCAAGAGCUGGAAACAAAGGUGAAUUCGCUGGAAAGCGACUUCAAUAAUGACGUGAAAACCCCGUUGGACCUGGCUGUUUACGCAAUGGAUGGGCCGUUUGCAGGGGUUCAACGCAUUUCGGAGGUGAUUGCAAAUCAGUCAACAGGCAUGAAAGCCAACGUUGUAGCAUUAAAGAGGGAGUUGAAAAAUCUACAAGCACAGUUUCAAAAUCUAAUCAGCGCAGUUGAAACUGCCAACCUAACUGAAUAUGUGAAAGAAGUAGCAAAUUCUCUCGGCAAUGCGAAACCAUUCAUAGUUAAGUACAUUGAAGGCAUUGCUCACGAUCUUAACGCACUUACGGGCGAAUUCACAGCGCUUCAGAGUGAGUUACAAGGCAACCCAGGACAGAAGACUGACGUAAUAAACAGAUUGGAAGAUCUGUUGACGAAUGGCAUACGAAGCAGCGGUGAGUGGCCGGAUAAUAAAGGUGUAAAGGGUCUGACGGAAAUCCAGAAGCGUAUAGCUAAUAACAUACUGGGUGAGGAUAGCACGCCUAAAGAGAAUACAUUGGCAAAAAUAGUAAAAGAUGCAAAAGCCUUCUACAUCACCGUUCUCCAAGUUAAGGCUAGAGAAGCUAUCGGUGAAAUCACGAAACAUGUGGAAAAGGAAUUCAGUUUAACCACCGACAACAUACGAAAAGAAGCGCAACGCAUUUACGCCAACCGUAAAAAGAAGGAGCUCGAAGAAUUAAAAGAUAUUGUAGCCGAGCAGAAAUCUGAGAUUCAGAACAUCAUCGAAAGGGACAGAUCGUCAGGCGUCAGAGGUCUCUUAUCACGGAUUGACGGUAACCAUGAAAUGGUUUUUCAGAUUCCUUGCCAAAACGAUUUUAGCGCGGCGUGCAACUAUUCCCAGUGGUAUCUCGAUCCACUUCUUGACUUCAUUAAAGAGCAAGUUAAAACUCCAGUCAAGCCGUCCGUUGCUCCCAAUGAAAAUGAGAAUUCCACUAAGGUUCAUGACCUGAGACAAUCCAUCGACACCUUGCUCACCCAGCUUCGUGAUUCAAACCACUUCGACCGUACAUUUACCGACAACCUUGCCGCACUCAAACAGCUACUCACCAAUUUCCCUCCUUCCUCUUUCUCCGGCAUUUUCAACGGCGCUUUGCUUGAUGGCUUACGUGCCGGGUUGGACGGGCUGUGCGCGCAGUUGUGCUAUGCUUACGUUAAUACUUAUGACGGUCGAACGGUUCGCGAGCUGAUAAAGAACGUUAAACCAGCAGCUGGCAGCGGCAAAGUUGACGCGAUCUAUGACCUGACUGAUGACGGUCGAAAGGCGGCUAAGGUGUGCCUCACUGCACUUAAGACAGUGUGCCACGACUUGAUAAAAGUGAGAGACGAUUUUAUGUCGCGUGCUUUGCAUAAAUAUAAACUUAACAAAUCCACAGAACUCGGGAAAUUCAUCACCGAUUGUGGUUUUGUUAUAUCCGAUCAACAUCAGCAGAACGGCGAACUGCGCAACAGCGACGACAUGAAGGGAACUCAAAUCAUCGAGCUUCUCAAAACGGGCGGCAAGCUGUUCUAUAAGGUCAGCAGUCAUAUUUUUGCUGGCAGGGUCAUUGAAGUGAACGACUAUCUCUGCGAUUACUACGCUGUUUGUAAUCUCACCAAUUCCUCAUCCAGACAGCCAUGCAAUGUAUACGAAAUGCUUUGCUGGCUCACAUCGCUACAGUAUAAUGCAGUGUAUACAGAUAUGCUACGCGACGGUAUCGGUAACUUACUUGAGACUCCGGAGAAGGCACUUGGUGGCGACGAUGAAGGCCUUGUGUCGUUUGACAUGAAGGCCACGUACCUAAACGCUUAUCCAAAGAGGGUCACGUAUGGCAAUUACGAAGCUAUACUUGAACACAUUUGCGCUCAAUCGUACAUAUUGUUGACCAAAAUCCGUGGCACUGGUGAUGCGGCGACGUAUUACGCGGUUGACUGCUUUACCAACGCUCUUAAGCUAAAAUAUCCCGCGACAGGUGAGGAAUGUCUCGAUAUGCUGUUGGACAUCCUACGCAGAUUGUUCCCGCCACUUAAAUAUUUGUUGACGCAAUGCAGUAUCGAUGCUAGCAAUUUCGGCUGGCGCGAUUGCCCCUACGGCAAGGAUGUUCCUACGGUCAAAUGGCCAUGCAAUGAACACUCAAAGGAGAAACCAAAAGACCAACCAAAUUGUCAACCAAGUUGCCAAGCAAAGUGCCAAGCAAAGUGCCAGGUAAAUUGUCAAUCAAACUCACCAUUGAUGUCUUACCUAUACGAUUGCUUACCCGGUCACCUGCCACAUCAGCUAAGCUCCAUCGGCUGCAAGUACACAUGCUCUACUUGCGCCACUGGUAAGACAGGAAUGCCGUGUUUAACACCGCUCGGAUUCAGAGGUUUCUCAGGUGACCCUAAGACCGGCAAGGAUCUAUGCGACGUUCUAACUAAAUUUUUUGAACAUGAGUAUUUGUCAUCGUUGUUCUCCCUUGCGCCCAAAGCGCCGAGCACAUUGCCUGAGCAUCUCAGUUUCACGUUAUCGCUUGUUAAACACUGGAAUCAUGGCGGUAGACAUCUGAUUCAGGAUGCGUUCACCAAGGCAAUCAUAGACCAAUCCAUUGGCUUGUACGAGCAACCAAAUACUCUUACUAGUGCACUAUGCAAUGUCUACGGUAAUAUAAAGGGAGAGCAUCGUAACAUUGACGCUGACGGUAAAGAAGCUAGCUUGCCGUUUACAUCGUUGACUGCGUCUUGCACAACGCAGGAUCAUUGUGCUCCAUACCUGCGAUCCCUGUGCGACGACACUUACGCAUACUUAGUCAGCAAACAGGCUGGCACCUAUCUCUCAUGGGCAAUUUACUCACCAUGGACGUUGUGGAACUAUGUGCAGUGUUUACUGAAAGACUUCCAGAACAUAUCUUGUAAGGACUGGGGGUGCCGUGGAUGUGCCCGUGGUGAUCAAUGUAAGCGUGGCCAGCACGGACUUAGCGAUGAUAAGAAUAGAAAAGCUCACUGCCAAUGUCGCUCAAUUGUCGGAUGCAGAGGAACAUCACCGACGUUCUACAGGUAUGGUUUCACUUACGCCUCCUCUGAAAAAUUGAUUAUUAAUGGCACUACGUGUUCUUCAUUCGUCGACCACCUGAGCAGAGUACUUCAGUCACAGUAUAUGAAAGACUUGUUGACCGAAUGCGACAACUUCCUCUGGAUCAUCAGACAACCCUUCAUCUGGCUCAACGUCGCCCUCUGGGUAUUCUCCUUGUUGUACCUCAUCCACAUCAUGGUCAUCCGCCUCGACCUCCUCCACAUCAAAUCUCACCUACACUCACCCUCAUCACAUCGCAUCGCUGCUCAAUCACUACUUGCUGCUGGACGUGUUAACAAACUGGGGAGGGUCUUUUACCUGCAGCCAUAA